GGAAGAAACAGAGGGGUAAUCCAAGUAAUUUUACAUCCAUUUCCACCGGUCGCGAAAACUUAAAUAAAAGGCAUCGCCACAGAAGACCGAAAAUGCUAAUGAAAUCAGGGCCAAUUGUACUAUUUUCGGUGGUCCUCUGCAGCACGCUUGUGUUUAUAGUGUUCUUCCAGCCAAAUCCAUCUCCUUCUCAAAAACAACACUCCAUGGCUCGUAGCUUUAUUCUUUGGCUUCAUGGAUUAGGUGAUUCAGGUCCUGCCAAUGAACCCAUCAAAACUCUCUUCACUUCUCCUCAGUUUGCAACUACCAAAUGGUCUUUCCCUUCUGCUCCUAAUAACCCAGUCACCUGCAACUAUGGCGCUGUAAUGCCUUCAUGGUUUGACAUCCAUGAGAUUCCCAUAACAGCUGAUUCUCCAAAAGACGAAAGUGGGGUGCUGAAAGCAGUUCAGAAUGUACAUGCAAUGAUAGACCAGGAAAUAGCUGCAGGGACAAAUCCUGAUAACAUAUUCGUGUGUGGAUUUAGUCAAGGAGGUUCCUUGACCUUGGCUAGUGUUUUGCUGUACCCGAAGACUCUAGGAGGGGGUGCAGUCUUCAGUGGAUGGGUUCCUUUCAAUUCUUCUAACAUGGAACAGAUUCCAUCAGAUGCGAAAAAGACACCUAUUUUGUGGUCACACGGAAUUGCUGACAGAACAGUAUUGUUUGAAGCUGGACAAGCAGGGCCCCCUUUCCUCGAAAAAGCUGGCAUAAGCUGUGAGUUUAAGGCAUAUCCUGGUCUUGGCCAUUCAAUAAUCGAUCAGGAGUUGCAAUAUCUGGAAUCAUGGAUUAAGAUUCGUCUGUGUACUUCGUCUGAGGUUUGAGCGACUGGGCUUACAUGUGAUCAUUGCCAAAGGUCAUUGUCCGUCGUGGUUUUUCAUCAUAUAUGCAGAACCAAGUUUCCUGUUAUGCAUGUUACAGUAAAAAAUAACUUGAGAAUAUACAAGGCAAUUAAAAAAAAAUGUUGUAAGCAUUGAGUUUGCAGACUUUUAAUGUAGCAUUGUCUGGAAUUUCAUCUAUUCAGCAGAAAAAAUAACCUGCCCCUUAUGGCUUA